CGUGGCGGCGCGGUAGAUUGCCGCGCAUGCGCAGGCCCAGCGGCCGCAAUUAGUUGGUGCCGCUGCGGCGAGUCCAGCGCAGAGUGGAGCAGCCAUUGGAGAUGCAUGACGUUCUGUUCUGACGAGCGGCCAGCGGCGCGAUGGAGCGGGCCAGGGACCGCUUACACCUGAGACGGACUACGGAACAACACGUACCAGAGGUGGAAGUCCAAGUCAAACGCAGAAGGACAGCCUCACUGAGCAACCAGGAGUGUCACCUGUACCCGAGGCGGUCACAGCAGCAGCAGCCCCAGCAAGUGCCUGUGGUGGACUUCCAGGCGGAGCUGAGACAGGCAUUCUUAGCUGAGACGCCAAGAGGUGGUUAAAGCAGUGUUGGAGCACCCAGGUAGCUGAUUGCAAGCGGAAAGAAAUAACAG